AUUUUAGUCCUUCUCAGGAACGAGCGAGACGGCAAUAACAACGACGGCUUAGUGGUCUUACGAACAGGUAGAGAGGACGCGUGCGUGUGGAAGAGAGAAAGAAAAGGAUCGCGGACGCGUGGAAGGCGACGCGCCCCUUGACGUAGGCCAUUUUGCGCGGCGUCGAGUCUGAUGAGAGGGCCCGUCUCUUCAGGGGCAGCUGUAAGCACGCUUUCUCGCGUUGCGUAUGUACGUGUUUACGCAUCUCGAUUCGCACGAAGCUCAUCCGCCGAUCCGACUUUGAGCGCUCGGCGGCGACGAGGUCUCCCUCGAGAGGAACACCGCGGGAUCUCGUAACCUUCACACGGGAGCGACGAGCGAGGUGACGAGGAGCGAACGGGAUCGGAGGGUGCGCGAAAGUCGACUCGCGUCUCCGUCCUCCGAAGGAAUCUCCGUCGGCGGACGAGGAGAAUCGCCGACCUGGGCCACAGCGGUCACGAAGACACGUACGCGACGCAAUGGGUGAAGCUAUGGAGAAGAUAGAGAUUCUGAGAAUACAAGAUUGCGACGAGGCUAUACUGAUUGAGGAUGCAACCACUGAGAUUUUAUUUGAUACAUCCAACUCGGAUUCAGCAGAGCAUAUUAUAGUGACCGAUGAAUUGGAUGUUGAGAAGUUGAAAGUUGUCACGGACAGUGAUCAGUUCAUUUCAGUCAUAACUGAUUACGAGUGUGUGACGUGUCACCGCAUCUUCCAGUCUGAAGAUAGGCUGAAAGAGCACCUGGACAUAUGCAGGGAGGAGGAUGACGUCACCAAUAUCAUAGACUUUGAAACAGUGAACUACGACUCCGACGAGGAUGACGUGGAUGAUCCUCUUGAGUACGCCGAAGAUUCAGACACCAACAGCCAGAAGAACAACAAUGAGAAGCCCGUGAUCAAGCCCGUGCCGGACACGCAGUGUCACUGCUGCGCGGAGGACCUGAAGACGGCGCACAGUGGCGGCGACUUCAAGUGCCCCAACUGUGAUCUCAGUUUCAGGAAGAAGGCGUCUCUGGAACGGCACGUGGUGGUCAUACACUGGAAGUGCGACUCGUGCACGUGCGACGAGUGCGGCUCCUCUUUCCGCGACAAGAAGGCGCUGAACAAGCACCGCUACACGACGCACGGGGAUCGCAAAAUUUACAAGUGCGAGCCCUGCGAUACGUAUUUCUCGCGCAGUUACCACUUAAAUCGCCACAUAACGCAGUCCGGCUGCCACGGCAACAUACGCAAUUCAUUUAAUUGCCAGGUCUGCAAGAAAGUUUUCACGCGGAAGGACAACCUGCGGGAGCACCUGCGCACUCACGCGGGAACGCCUCAGCGGCAGAAGAAGCCUUGCCAGUUCUGUCCAAAGCAGUUCUACACGAGCCAGCAGUUACUGGUGCACGAGCGCAUGCACACGGGAGAGAGACCGGUCCAGUGCGAUCUGUGCCCGAAAACGUUUCUGUCAGCGCUCGCGCUGAAGAAGCACCGCCGCGUGCACACCGGCGAGAAACCGUUCGAGUGUAAAUACUGCCAGAGGAAGUUCGCCGCGCGCGAGACGCUGAAUCGUCACCAGCGGACCCAUACCGGCGAGAAGCCGCACGUGUGUCAGUAUUGCGGUAAAUCAUUCAUACAGGCGUCCCAAUUGAGAGCGCACGUGUUCCAUCACACCGGCGAGAACGGCUUUGAUUGCGACGUGUGCGGCAAGGCGUUCAACCGGAAAGCACGCCUGAACAUCCACAAGAAAUUCGUGCACGAGGGAGCGAUCCCGUUUACGUGCGAGAUAUGCGACAAGGGCUUCACGCGGAGAGAGGAUUUGGUGAAACACACGCUGCUGCACACUGGAGUCAAACCGUUCAAAUGUGACAAGUGCCCGAAGGCAUUCUCGGCAAAGUCGUCACUGCAGGCUCACCUCAAUACGCAUCGACGCGAGCCGCCGCAAUCGUGCGUCGAGUGCAACAGGGUGUUCAUCCGGCAGGAUUGCCUGAUGCGGCACAUUCGAGCGAAGCAUCGGGAUCUGCUGCAGGACGUGAUGAACGAGGUUGAGAAGAAGCACCUGCAGACGCAGAUGCAGAACAUAGCGUCGAUCGCCGCGGCGAAAAUCAAAACCGGAGAAUCCCGGCGGCUCAGCACCGACGAGCUGUUGAAGUCCAUCAUAGACCUCCUGAAGAUGCUCAUCGACGAGGAGACGUUGCAGCUGUUCGGUUGGCCCGAGGCUCCGAUACAAGACGUUCUGGAGGCGGUGAUUCGAAGAUGCGGCCACGAGCCCGUGACGUCGGAGGUCUGCACGCUGUUCACCGAGAGGCUACGACAGAACGUCAAGCUUCUGUUUCUCGCCGUAAUCGGGGACGACAAAGUGAAGUCCCUCCUGACGACGAAGACAGUGGAUCACGUCAUCCUUCACGUCUUAGAAGCGUCUAAAGAGUAACAAUGGACAAUUAAUUGUGCGCGGAAAAUCUUAUUAAUCUUAGUAACACACGGUGUGUUGUUUUGCACUUGAUUGUUCCAAGGUUUUACAGGACGCACAGGACAAAGAGAAGGGAAAGCGGAAGAACCGGACGCCGUUUCGUUAAAUGAAUUUUUUUUCGUGCAAGCUAGCGAAAGAUGAAAAAGUAGGGAAAGACUUUUAUGAAUCAUAGUUGACGGGAGGUAGGAUUGUAUUCGGUGCAUGCCUUGUUGAUCAUUGUAUUUCUGACACACAUACACAUACUCUUUUCAUUUUAUAUUUUUAAAAAGAUUUACACAUAUAACAUUUAUCACAAUUGGUAAUAUUAUUAUUUUCGACUAUUUAGAAUAUUAAAUUUUUUCUAUCCUAUUUUUUUAGUUAUUUCUAAUUGUGACGUUUAGAUGCUCUCUUGCGAGACAUUUAUACAUAAGUGAUUAUAAAGUAAUGUAAUAUAUUAUGAUAUAGAGAUAUAGCAUGUAUAUGUAUAUAAUUAUAAUGAUAUAUUGUCGAGCAGUUAUGUACAUAAUUAUAUAAUUAGGGAGGGAGAGCGAUUUACGAUUGCAUUUUUGUUCUUCAUUCGUGACACAGAAGCGCGAGAUUGCGCUGACGAAAAAUAAUUCCGUGCAAAGCAAGACAUUUAUACUAAAGAAAUAUAAUUGUUUAUAGAGACAUUUACAAACGAUUAUGUGUUUAUAUGAGGAUGGGUAAUAGAAAUGUCCAUAUAUACAAUACAUACAUGUAUUCAUGCACUUAUGUGUGGCGAACAUGCGCGGCAUUUUAGAGAUACAAAUACACCAUUAUUACAUGUAUCGUAAGAAGAAAUAUAUUUUGACAAGUGUUAUAAAAUCCUGAAAA